GAUUUGACUCCGUACGGACUACGAGGAUUUACUCAAUGGCUUCCAUUCAGGCUAAAGUACCACUAAUUGUGCCCCGUUGAUAGAGCUUCCUCGUGUUACAGCGGCUGAAGGAGACCCGGGCUUAUUCAGGCCGCUUUACUACCCUACUAUGUGACGCAUGUGUAGGAAACAAUCUGCUUGCCACCUCGCCAGCACUGGAGGCUCGUCUGUCGUAGCGCCUUGGUCUGAUCGACAGCGUUGGUGCACUUGUAGUCGAAGGAGGCGGAUAUAUAUACGUGGGACAGGUGUCAGGAUUGUAGGGUCAGCGGGAUUACAGCACGUGGCCCAGGACCGAGGCUUGUGGAAUCUGAAGAAAUACAAGCAGGCACACAGCAUUGGAUCUCGCAAGUUGCGCGAGAAGUUUGUAUCUUAUAACGACACAUACCCAAUGUACGAGUCAGUGAUCCAGGUGUACCUGGAAACAAACAAAGACACUCUCAUGUCCAAACAAGACCACAAGGCCAAGAAACGCAAGCAUGAUGAGAUGAAAGAACCAAACAACAAUGUGGUUGUCAAACCAGAUAAAAAACAAGCAAAGAAAGAAAAGACUGAGAAAAAAAUCAAAUUAGAGAAAAAAGAUAAGUUGGGUUCAAGUUGCAAAGAUUCUAGUUCUGACAAAAAUACAGGAAAGUCAGCCUCAUUUGCUAAGAAAGUGUGCAAGGAGACUUCAAAGGGCAAGAACAUGAAAGUUAAAGUGAAGAAGCCCAAGAAGGAGUUUAAUGUGUAUCAGUUCAUGAGGCUGAAGCGGGAAGCAAGUCUAAAUGCUUCUGCCAGAGUCAAUAUCAUGUUCGAGAAACUUCCUGCUACUCCAAAGAAAACUAAACAAAGUAAGGAAGAGUCCAAUGCUCAGUCCAGUGAAAAAUCUACCAAGGAGAAAACAGGACCCAAAGAGAAAUCCACAAAGGACAAAGUUAGCAAAUCAGUCAAGGAGAAGGAUAAAUCCUGUAAAGAAAAAGUUGAAGAUGUCAAGAAACAACGAGAAGAGAUUAUCAAACAUAGAAAGGUAAAAAUUGAAGAAAAAAAGAAAAAUGCCAAAUUGGAUAAAAAUAAAAACAAGAUAGAAUCCAAAGGAAAGACUUGUCCCGGGACACCCCACUGCAUCACGCCCAUGUUCUCAUCCAAUCACAACUGUGUUCCUCCAUGUAAUGGGUUCUCAUGUGGGUCUGGUUCAGAGAGGUUUGUGGCGGCAGGGCAGUACCAGUCUCUGACGCUCGGAGGUAUUGGGAGUCUCAGCAGCAUUCAGAUGAUGUCCUACAACCACCAGUCCCCCUACAGAAGCGCAUUCAGCGUGCCAUUCAACCACGCCACUAUUCCAUCUUACAGUUACUACGGUGGGGGAUUUUACCAGCCAAACCCUCCGGUGUUGCACCAGUCCAUCGACCCCUGCUUGCUGCCUCAUCACCUCCCCGUGCCGGUCCCCCAUGCACAAGUCAAGGUUCUCAUCCACAACCCUGACAACUCCCACGACUGUGCGUUCUCCAACUACACAAAACACGACAAGGAAAUCCCUGAGGAUCCAGCUACUGGGAACACCGUCAGCAAGAAGCCAAAAGGAGAUAACAAAUCGAAGCCAGAAAACCCCAAGCCAAAGAAAAAGGUUGAGAGAAGGCGCAGCAAGAGUCCGAAGGAUGACGGGGUGGAGAAGAAGGGGGGUAGUAAAGUAGUUCCAUCAGCCGUGCAGCGACAGAUUUCUUCACCCCCGCACAGCUGGACGUGGUCAGGGGAAUCUGAGAUGAAGGUGGUACCAAGUUUGGGGGACUCCCCACCGGUCAAGAGGAAGAGUUACCCAGCCAUUAGACACAGCAGUGGGGAUAUCAUCCGAGUGAGAGACUGUGUGCUACUACGAUCUGGACCAAGAAAGAAAGACAUUCCAUUUGUAGCCAAAGUUUCUGCUCUUUGGGAACAUCCCGAUGACAGUGAGAUGAUGAUGAGCUUACUGUGGUACUACCGUCCGGAACACACAGAGAUCGGCCGUAAACCACACCAUGUAGACUGUGAAGUGUUCGCUUCAAAGCACAAGGAUGAGAACAGUGUUGCCUGCAUUGACGACAAGGGCUAUGUGCUCACCUUUAACGAGUAUUGCAGGUACCGAGCGGAAGUCUCCCGAAGUGAUCAGCAUGCUUGUGUACGAUCUAAAGUAGUUCCUGACAUGGAAGGAGAUAAUCCUAUCCUCCAUCGUAUGCCAGGAGUUGACGUCGACCCAUCCACAGUGUUCGUAUGUCGACAGGUGUAUGACUUUAGGCAAAAGAGAAUGCUUAAAAACCCAUCUUGAGAACUGACCCUGAGUUUAGUGACCGGUACUGGACCAUCGAGUGUGAGUUCGCGACGACAGCAUAACCUUCACAUCUCGACCAAUAGGACCCACACCUCCCCUUGGGGGGCACAGUGUGCAAUACAUUUUUAUCAAGGACCUUUUCAGUAUUGCAGCUGCCUUCGUUUGGAGGACAGCAUGUUUCAGUGUUUGAAUGGUGAGAGUGUCUACCUGCCUUAUUCCAUGUACACAGAUGCUGUGCAAGACGUUCAUCACAGUGUCCCAAGUAGAUGAGUCUGAUGUCUCUCAAGGUAAAGACAUCUCUCCUGAGGUGAUGAAGAUUGAAACGUCUUGGUACAUCUUGGUAGAAGUCAACAAUUAAUUGUUAUGUUGAACUUACGUUUUCUUCCAUGCCAAACUACAUUACCGUAGUCCUGAUGCUAAAACACCCAUUUAGCAGCAAAUGUUCAUACAUUUCUAUGGUAACGUAAACCACAAAUUGAAGUUUUUGAAUAAGUCUUUCUAUUUGUAUGAAUGUUUGUGGAAUAGUUUGUAGCCUAUAUUGCUUAAGAAAUUAGGAGACUUUUUAUGUUAAAACCUUUAAUAUAUUCAACCUUUGGGAGGGACAACCAUAUAUAUCAUUCUUUUUAUAUAAGCACUUGUAAUGUAAUGAAAACCAUUUUUGUAUAUCAUGGAAGGUGAAUAAUAUCCUUUUCAAAAGUUUAGUGGCAUAUUUGUAUAAUUCGUGCAUUCUGAGCAGUGCCAUAUAUUAUUUAUGAGAUGUCCAAUGUGAUACAAUACUUUCAUAAAUCUAAAAAGUUUCUAGACAUGUGACAUUAGUUUAAAAUAUAUUUAUAGAAAAAAUGGCUCUUUUGCAGCCCAGCAACACAAUAGAUAUUCUUUGUAUUAUGAAUAAUGCAGAAUGUGUAGUUGUUGCCAUGGUUACAUGGUAAAUGUCUAGAACAUACUCACAGAAUAUGAUCAAAGAGACCUGAAUCAGCACGUGCUGACACUGCACUUUUUCCCUAGAUCUGAACUGUCUCCUAAAAAUCAUGUGUAUGCCUGAGUGCAGAGGGGGUGGGUGAAGACCACGCCCUAGUGUGUUUGUGUGAUGUGGUGUCUCAAAAUAACAGUUCUUAAUGAAUAUCUUCACAGCUUGAUCUCGGUGUUUAUCAAGAUGUGAACACUGAUGAUUGACACCAACAAUGUGAUUUUUUGGUAUGUCACAUUUUUUUACUCUGUGCUGUUCCAGUAGAUUGUCUGCAGUGGUCAAUGCACUGUUUACAUUAUGUCAGAGUGAUGUCAUGGUUGUCAAAAUAUCAGGCAUGUCUGGAUGACAAUUUGUUGACAAUAUGAUCAUGAUAAUACAUUAGAUUAAUGUUAACACCCACAGUGUGAAGA